AUGCCCCAGGAUCCAAAUCUUUACGGCCAAAGGCCACAGAAACGAGCCAAACGAGAGACACUAUCAUCGUCAUUGGAUUUCACUGCCCAGCUCACAUCACUCAUGUCUAAUACUGCUCCCCAGGGAUCGGCAUCAGCAGCUUCUGGACGCCCGAGGCCAUCCAAGCAGUCCAAGGAUGACAUCUUUCGCGCUGCUGGCAAGUCAAAAAAGGCUGAUGUCAAAGAAAGAGAUGCCAAAUCAGAAAAGCUGGUGCUCAAAGAAGUAACCGGGACGGAAGAAGAGACGCGAGAACGCGAGUGGGCAAAACGCAAGAUGGAGAGCAAGGCACGGCUCUACGCUGCGAUGAAGCGUGGCGAUUACGUACCAAAAGACAAGGAAGCGGCGCCGCUGGUGGACUUUGACCGCAAAUGGGCCGAAAAUGUAGAAGGUAAAGAUGACUACGAGACCAGCUCUGAUGAUGAUGAUGGGAACGGGAGCGAUGGCGAACGAAUCGUCGAGUAUGAGGACGAGUUUGGACGCACGCGAAAAGGAACCAAGGCGGACAUAGACAAGAUGGAACGCCGCAUACGGCGAGGGCUGUUGGGCGCGGAGGAGCUGGAGCGCAUGUCAGCGCGGCCCAGCGCCCCCAGCAACCUCAUUUACGGGGACGCGAUCCAAGCGAUGGCGUUUGCGCCGGACGAUGCGGGCAAGAUGGAGGAGCUGGCGCGCAAGCGGGACAGGAGCGAGACGCCGCCGGAGAUGAAGCACUACGACGCGGACCACGAGAUCCGGACCAAGGGCGUCGGCUUCUACAAGUUUAGCAGGGACGAAGAGACGCGGACCAAGGAGAUGGAGUCGCUCGAAGAGGAGAGGCGCAAGACCGAGGGGCAGCGCCAGCAGCGCGAAGAACAGCGGGCGGCGAGGCGGCGGGAAAUCGAGCAGCGCCGGAAGGACAUGGGCGACCGACGGGCGAAGCGCCAGGCAGACAGCUUUCUGGAUGGGCUAUGAGACGAGCAAGAAAGUCUGCCUAUUAUUGAUCGGAGGACCAAGUCUGUACGGCGUACGAAGCACGGCCUGCACAUGGAUAAAUACUACUCUUUAUAUCUUCACCAGGGGCAAAG